GAGAGAGAGAGAGAGAGAGAGAGAGGCAGACAUAUGGAUGAUCCAGUGCUGCGAGUAUCCGAGAGGCGAUCUCUGAUGGUUCAAGCAAGGGAUUGCACCUUUUCUUCUCCGGCAGAAUCACUGCUGAGCAGGCUGGAACAAUUUGACCAUCGCCUAAGGCAGCUGGAGGAGAAGCAGCGGCUGUUACCUGACUGCUAUUUCACCGCGGACUUGCAAUUGAGGACGCCCAGGGCUGGCCAACAUCAUCGAUCCAACUCCCUGUCCGCCAUGCACGAAGUGCACCUCAAGAGCACCCUAAUCGACCGUCUCCACCUGCUUGAGACCCGCAUUCGUCAGCUAAGCUUCCAACUGGACAAGGAGAUCGGCACUGGCACGAGCAGAGGAGCAGACGCAAAUGGCAGCUGCAUCCAUACAACUGCAGUCACAGAGGAGAAGAACAAGGACACCGGCAUCUGCUCCAGCACGGUAGUCGAACGAUCCUGGAGGACGGGCGAGUUGUUCAAGAGCGGUGCUCGCGAGCUGCAAAGCCAGAAGCCACGGACGACAAAGGUGAAGGAAUUGAAGAAGGCCGCGGGCGCUGCUGAGAAGACGGCGGCGAGCGCCAUGCGCCAGAACGAGAGGAGGCGGCAAACCCGGCUCUACAGGAGAUGGUUUUCGGUUGGAUGUUGAAUGAUUCUUCCGCCCUCGAUCUUAGGGUGUCUUCCUCGAGUUUGCGGAUGAUUGCGUCGUUUAUUUCUGGUGUUCUGCAAACUCAACAUCUUUUGUCCGUAGAAUAAGU